AUGAAUGAAGACGGAACAUUUGGACAAGAUUGUCCUUCUAUCCCAGGCCCACACAUUCCGGUUUUGUUCGAUGGAACGGCCCACUUGACUGAAACGGCAAGCACAGAAUGCCGGCCGAUCCUUACUCAAUCGAGCACGUCCGACCAGCCUGUUGAGAUUCAAACUCCAGGAGUAUCGGUUUCUGGUACCCCGAUUCCCACCACCGAUAAAAUCCAGUCGGAAAACGAGAAGAUCGUCAUCAUCUGGAAGGUCAUCGAUAAGGAUCUCGAUGCUUUUAAAGCUGAAGUAAUCCGGGGAAUCAAGAGCGAGGAGGACAAAUUUCUUGGUUUUUUUGUUGAACGUCAAGAGAAUGCCCGAAAUAUCUUCUGGAACGUCGUUAUCCCAUUUGGAGGAGCCUUUGCAGGUAACCACAAAAGACGACUCGACUCCGUGGAAACAUUCAAGGACUUUCUUCUUGUUGCCGAAGGGACCUCCGAGACCCGAAAGAUCGUUUGUCGCUUGGUACAAAAAGACCCAAAGGACAUUGCAAAGAAACAAUCGGUUUAUAAGCAACUUGAAAAGAACCAUACUGACUCUAGUGCUGAUGUGAAUGAUCCGGUCUUGGUACCAUCACCGAGUGCAAUGAACACAGCAGCCCUCAGCCAGCUCUUGCAAGAAAUCUUCUUGGUACACUCACCCUCUGAAGAACAUUCUGGAAGCGCUGAAACCUCGGUCUAUAUAAAUCCAGAGAAUUCGGACGAAUACUUUCUAAUCACAAUGCGAAAAGCAUAUGCCUGGGCCAAGGCUAUA